AUGGACCCGACCAAACUGGCCCAGCCGUGGCCCAACAGCGACCCUCCCUUCUCGUUCCGAAAUGUGAUCACUCUGACCUCUGACCUGCAGUCCUUCACCCAGAAGCUGCAGAAGGAGAGGAUCUCAGGCAACCUGGAUGCUCCAGAGGGGGGCUUCGACGCCAUACUGCAGGCUACAGUCUGCGGGGAAAAGAUUGGCUGGCGUGACCAUGCCACCCACCUCCUGGUCUUCUCCACCGAGUCGGCCUUCCACUACGAGGGUGACGGUGCCAACGUGCUGGCUGGCAUCAUGCCACGCAACGACGAGCAGUGCCACCUGGACCCCGAUGGGAAAUACACAGAGGACACCAGGCAGGACUACCCCUCAGUGCCCACCCUGGUUCGCCUGCUGGGCAAACACAACAUCAUCCCCAUCUUUGCCGUCACAAACCACUCCUUCACCUACUAUGAGGUAAGAACUCAGAGCUACUACUCACCUUACUAACCUGAACCCUGCACCUUACUAACCUGAACCCUCCACCAUACUAACCUGAACCCUCCACCUUGCUAACCUGAACCCUCCACCAUACUAACCUGAACCCUCCACCUUACUAACCUGAACCCUCCACCUUACUAACCUGAACCCUCCACCUUAC